GUCCUUAUACAGCACAAGCGGACACCUCUAGACAACUACUAUUAGCAAUUCAUUUCGUGUUGCAUGCAUGCCACAUAACAGAAAUUUCGAAUGAGCAACUGAGGACGGAUUGAUUGAGGAGAGACAGCACUUCUCUCCUCUUUCCAAUCCUCCAGCCUCUCUACCCUUGCAUUCAUCGCCAUGGACCGGCCCGAGUUGGGGCUGAUCAAGUGGUCGCCGAAUGCGGCUCACGAUUCGUUUCUGCACAUCAACUUACAGCACCGUGUGGCGCAACUCUAUGAGCCAACGGGCCUGGCUCAACGCGGUCGGUUCGAGUACCGGAAGCUGGCAAAGCACGAUGAUCUCCCGCCACUCACCACCUACGACUGGUCGCCCACGGUGCCGGGCCUGCUUGCCGUGGGCACGUCGACUGGCGUGGUCAACUUGUUGCGAGUGGACGACAACUCCAACGCCUACCUGGAGCUCGGCCUGAGGGUCUCGCGCAAUUGCCAGGCGGUGGCAUUCAGCACGGCCGGGAAGUUGGCGGUGGCACUCGAUAGGGUGAGGAACGACACCUGCCUGCACAUCUGGGACGUCGGUCGUCUCUCGGGCAUAGACUCCAGCGCUUCCGGCUUUCCUGCGGACCUUGACCUCCCGUCAGACCCAGUGGACCGGCUAGAGCUCAACGCGUCGGUCUCGAGCGUCAGGUUCUUCGAAGAUAACCCGAACGUGUUGGUAGCGGGUAUUAAGGGGCAGGGUCUUCGCAUCCAUGAUUUGAGAGAUCAAGGACAGGGCCCAGUCGUCCAGUUCCAAACUAAAUGCUGCAACAACCUGGCCAUUGACUAUGCCGACCAAAAUUACUUUGCGUCGUCUGCCCUAGAUCAGCCUGGAGUCAUGAUCUGGGACCGCCGCGCGAUCAACCGCCAUCAUGUUAGCCCAUCCUACACCAACGCACUGGUGCACGACAACCUCCCAUGGGGCGGCGCCGUACGCCUUGACCGCGCGGUCGAGACCGAGACAGACCCGGCAGCAGCGGACAGCGGGAGCUCCUUCAUCCGAGCCCUGCGCUUUUGCCGUGACCAUCGCGGUAUGCUUGCUGUGCUCUCGCGCACUGGUCAGCUGCGGGUUCUGUCCACGAGGCACGAGCAUGUAGAUGGAGACGUCAGAGUGGAUGGCAGCCCAGAGCUUCUAGAAGUCAGGCGGUCAUACGAAAUGGACCCUCUUUACGCGGAGCCCAACCACAAGAACGAUAGGAUAGUCUCCUUUGAUUGGAUCACGAUGAGCUCUCCCGUGCUUCAACCUCGAGUGCUGGUGCUCCGCGCCAGCGGCUCCUUUGAUGUGCUGCAAAAGCCCUCUUUUACCUCAGAGUACCCCUUCAAGUUGAUCUCGUGGCAACCGCCGUACCGCGGACACGCCGAUGGAGCAAAUUACCAGGAAUUAAUGGACUUCGAACCAGCAGAAGCUCAUGACAUCUUUGGCCCCCUCUUGACCGAAACCGCCUUGUCUGAUGUGCCAUUAUUUGGCCCGCAGAAGGCAACGGCCAAGUCUUUAGUGGAGAAGACACUAGAUGCUGUGCCGACGGAAGAGCGUUUGGUUGCGCAGGUGUCUGGUGGCAGCCGAUCAUGGCCAUCCUUUGAGGAGGCAUCUUCAAUCGCCGAGAAACUGAAGGCGCUGAGGCUGGCUUCGAAGGAAGGGAAGGACGAACCAGAGGAGGAGCCGUUCCUGUCCCAGCUGGAGCGGCACGAGAAGCUGCUCACCGAGACCAAAAAUAUCGCGGGUCUGUCCAGCAAGGAGCGAUUCGCCGUAGACCACACCAUGCUGCUCCGUGCACUGGAGGGCUACCGCUUCGACUUCAUCAAGAACCAACGCAUCGUGGCCGACGAUCCCUGGCUGAGGGAUGUUUGGCUCUGGGUUACUGGCGCCGAAGCAGCGGCGGCUGAUGGCGGCAUGAUGUCGCACCCCUUAGACCUCAGCUACAUGGGAGUCCAAACGAUAUGGACGAACAACCUUGGGAGCAAGCCUCAGAUGAGACUAUCAGAGGAUGCAGCGCCGCCCAACGAGGUGGGCUGGGAACGUUGCCUAAAUGCGAUAUGCAAGAAACUGGGGGUGCCUAGGUUUGAUGGAGAAGUAGAGACAAAGCGCUGCCAUCACAGGGAGAUGUGCCUUGAGAUAUGCGGCCUCGGCCGUUCAUAUGGUGAGGAGUUUGAGGACGCGCUGUCCGCGUCGGGUCCCAGGAGAGAAUCGACUUGGUACACCAUGGUCGCCGCCCACGCCAUAUUCAGGGGCAACACGAAGGGCGCUGUACAGGUGCUGAAGAGGGCUAGCUCCGAGCAUCCAGAGCUGCUUUUCGUCUCGCUAGCGCUUCAGCUCAUGGGGAAAACCGCGGAUAAUGAGGUCAAGGCGGCCCUCGACUUCGACGAGAGAGUGGCCUGCAAAACCGAUCCAUAUCUGCGGGCGAUAUCAGCCAUCAUUGCGACGGGCGACUGGGCCGUGAUCGCCGAUCAGAGAUCUCUGCCGCUCCGCGACCGCUGCUUCGUCGCCGUCCGCUACUUCAGCGACGACGCCCUCACCGCCUGGCUCGAGCAGGAAGUCGCGGUCGCCAUCGAGAUAGGCGACAUCGAAGGCAUCGUGCUAACGGGCAUCACCGACUCCUUCGUCGACAUCCUCGCCCGCUACGUCCACAAGUUCAACGACUUCCAAACCGCCACGUUACUCCUCUCCAUCUGUGCGCCCCGCUUCAUCGACGACAUCCGCGCCAACACGAUGCGCAACACUUACCGCCGAUACCUCCAACGCCACAGGGCUUUCUUCAUGCGCGCCAAGUUCGACGUCGAGUCCACCCUGCGAAGCAAGCACCACGGCCGUCCCACCGUGCCCGCCGCCAGCCGCCAGAUCGGCCUGCGCUGCAUCUACUGCGACGUCGAGUUCAAGACCGAGUCUCUCCUAGCGCCGCCUCCUCCUCCGCGAAGUGGCAGCGGAAUGCCCGCCUUCAUGAAGGCCGCCGCCGCCGCCUCGUCCUCGUCGUCCUCGUCCAACAACAACAAUGAUAACAACAGCAGGAGCAGCAAAACCUCCACGCCGCGCCUCGAAGCCCGCUCGCACCACCAACAACAGGCGGCAGCCAACCCUUACACGGAGAAGAUGGUGGGGAGCGGCAUCAGCUGUCCCAACUGCAAGCAGCACCUCCCGCGCUGCGUCGUGUGCCUGGAAGUGGUAGGCAUGCCGCGGAGCGACCGCCCGGAGCAGUCGCGCGACCCGGAGGUCCGGCGCACCGCGCGCUUCCCGACGUUCUGUGCGUCGUGCGGCCACGUCCUGCACCUGGACCACGCGCGGCAGUGGUUUGCGCGGCACAGGGAAUGUCCCGUGCCCGAGUGCAGGUGUCUCUGUAAUACCCGGAUUAAUGAGGAGUUGGAGUAUGCAUGACGUCGCAUGUAGAAGUACAGCUUUUGGAUAAUUCGAUCUCGGAGUUAGGGAUGGGGUUCUGGAAGACUGGAAAUGAGAGACCCAGUGCGAAUGAUUGUUGGGAGAGGCUCGUUGAGUCGAAGUCUUGGGCCGGUUAUGUAUAACUAAUGUGAGCUCUGAUAGACAUUAGUCUGAACUGCCUUGCCUGAAACUUCGACAUGCUCACCAUCUAACCAGAAAAAAGAAACCGUAUACCAAAACAUGAAGAUCGAAAGAAACCACUAGUUGCAGUACUAGUCCCGAUUCUCCUCAUAACGUAUGCCUUUUAUUCCGUUCUUUCUUUCCUCCUCGUCUUCUUUCCGUUCCCAC